AUGUCAAGGUAUCACAAGGCAGCCAUCGAUGGCUAUCUUGAACUCCUGAAAGAGGCAACAACACAAGAUUUGAACACCCCGGACGAGGAUGGAAUGACACCGACAUUAUGGGCUGCCUACCAUGGGAAGCUGGAGGCUUUACAGUUGAUUUGCAGUAGACGGGGAGAUCCAAACAGGAGUGACAUUUGGGGUAACACUCCUCUCCACCACGCCGCCUCUAAUGGCCACCUGAGGAUCAUCAGUUUCCUGGUGAACUUUGGUGCCAACAUCUUCUCUCUGGACAAUGAGUACCACACACCCAUGGACGUGGCAGCCUCAAGCAACCACAUGGAGUGCGUACGCUUCCUGGACAGCGCAGCCUCCCAGCAGACCAACAAGAACGGCAAGAAGGUGGCAGCGCAGAAGAAGACAGCUAAGAAGGAGGCAGAUGAGCGCAUCAAGCGGUGCGAGAAGGUGAAGAAGAGGCACCAGAGCAAGAUGGACAAGCGCUACCGUGAAACCAUCGCCGCGGAGCAAGCCAGCACAGACCCUUCCUACAGCACGGCCUCCAUCAACAGCGCGCAGUUCUCCAACAUCCUCGCCGCAAACAAGUCUGGCACGUGGAGUUUGAAAGGAACACUCCAGAAGAUGAAGAAGAAGGACACGCUCGGUAAGAAGGACAUGGUGGAGAGGCAGGGUGACAGCAACGUCAUCUUUGUCAAGCAGAAUGGCCCCGCCGAGAAGCCAGAAUUUGCAGAUGUGUUUAACGAGGAGGAUGAAGAUGCUGAAGGUGAGAGCGGAAUCGGCAUAGCUGAGGAGGACGAGGCUGAAGACGCAGGGGAGGGGUCCAUCUUCAAAACCGGUCUGGGCAAAAUGGUGUUCCGCAAGAACUUCUCCAUGGAGAUGGGGGUGGAGCCGGAGUACACUCCCAAUGCUGACAUGGGGGAAGAUUUUGCAUCCCUGAUCCACAAGGAGAUGUUUGAGAACGAGGAGGAGGAGGAGGAGGAGGGAGACGCUAAUGGCUACGCGCCGGGGGAAAGCGUCCCUUGGGAUCAGGAGGAGAUCGGGCUGGAUGACAUCGACGAGGACACGACUCCCCUGGACGCCUUCCUGUCCUCCGUCAACCUCAUGGGCUUUGCGCCCAUGUUCGUCCGCGAGAAGAUGGACCUGGAUGCUCUCAUGAUGUGUUCGGACGAGGACCUGAAGAGCAUUCGCAUCCAGCUGGGACCUCGCAAGAAGAUCCUUGAGGCCACCGCCAGACACAAGCACAUCUUGGCCAACCCUGGCAUCCUGAAGGACACCUUUCUGUGAGAAGUCAUGGAAAAAAAGGCAGUGCUUCUGAACUGAACUGUAACAUCUUGCUUCAGAAGCAGGGGCUGACACCGCAAGAGCAUCGUGGACAAGCCUGGCAAUCCUGAAGGACACCUCUCUGUGAGGUGUCAUGAAGGAGAAGGCCAUGAACUGAAUAGUACCAUCUUAACAGGGACAUCUAGGCCUAUGACGUAUUCGCUUUACAAACAAAAUUUAAUUAUCACAUAUUCAAUGUCUUAUCAAUGUCCUGUUAAUUUUAUGUACAGUAUGGUGUUAUUAUGGAUGCUUGAGGACUUUUAGCUGUUGAAGAUCCUGGAAUAUCUUGGAGGAGCCAACUGGAACACCCCUGGAAUUCUUGGCGAUACAUCUCCUUGAGAUAUCAUGGAAGAAGAAGCUAUGGACUGAACUAAAAUAAUGGCAUCUUGGUACAUAAGCAAAGGCAUACAGCCUUGUUAGCAAAAAUACAAAUCCAUUCUUACGGUACAAAACUUAAUUUAUUAAUGCUGUUUAAUGAAAUUCAUGGACUGUCCUGAGGUAUCCUUGAUUCCAUUCCACUCCGACUUUCUGGCUGUAUAGAUAUUGCACCUUUCAGAUAUCAUUGCCCCACACUGAAUGAAAUGAUACUGAACAGAAAAGUAACAUUUAAUAUGUCCGAAAGAAAAGGGACACAUAAAUAAAUGUCUUGUUGGGUUCAAAAAACUAACCCUAAUCAGCACAUACUCAUGUUAUUUUGUGAUGUUAACUUCAUCAGAUGUAUAUUCAAUGACCACACGGAAUUUUGCUGUUUAGUGGUUUGGAUUUAGGACAAAGUAAUUAAAUAAAACCAUGAUUAAGAACAAAUGGCAAACCUGUAUCCUGAAUAUAGUACCUGCAACAGUAAACAUUAUACCUUUGUUAUUGCAUGUCGUUAUGUCAUCAGAUCACAUAGCUACGAAAUGAUGUAUUAAUAAUUCAGAACAUUAUAAGCCCUUCAAUAAAGACAAUGAUGGUUAUCAUGUCAA